AUGAGCGCCUCCACGGAGCACCAAGAUGAAAUUGCCAAGCUGGUUCAGCAACACGGAGCAGUUCCUCCGCCCUGGUUCAUUUUUCCAGACCUUCAUCCGUACAGCAUCGGAUGGCGCAUGGGCUCUGACGAAUCUUACAUCAUGAUGUAUUGGACUUGGUGGGGGCAAGAAAAAGAGAAACUCGAUGAAAAGCAGCGAAUUGAGUAUUUUCGCAGAUGGCCACCUCCACCCGAGUGGCUCCUUUGGAUGAUAGAAGCAAUUUGGGAUCUCGAUCCCAAGGACUUUGAGAAUGACGAUGAUUACUCGCCCUACUUCAGGCGCACUGAAGCGCUCGGUUUUGGGUCUGAGGAUGAUUACAAGAAUGCUAUGCGUGAUGAGGAAGAGUAA